GAAUUGUGAAGCGUUCAAGCGAACUUUUCUCUGCGUUUUACCAUACCUAUUCAAAUACAACCAAAUAUGUCUCUUCUACCAUUCGUGUUGGGUGACUGGCCCCGCGUUCGUCACAACCACUGGCCCAGUCGUCUUGUUGAUCAAGAUUUUGGAUUGGCGCUAACCCCGAACGACAUGCUGGCUGCCGUCGCCUGUCCAGUGCUCUCCGAAGACUACUUCAGACCAUGGAGACAACUCGCGGCUGCAUCUCGUGACCUCGGUUCCAGCAUAAAGGCCGACAAGGACAAGUUCCAAGUCAAUCUGGACGUGCAGCACUUCUCGCCGGAAGAGAUUUCGGUGAAGACUGCCGAUGGGUACAUCGUGGUGGAAGGCAAGCACGAAGAGAAGAAAGACGAGCACGGGUAUAUUUCAAGGCAGUUCGUCCGACGUUACGCGCUGCCUGAAGGCGCGGCGCCUGAGACUGUGGAAUCGCGACUGUCAUCAGACGGGGUUCUCACCAUCACCGCGCCGAGGAAGGUACCCGACGCCGUCAAGGGAGAGCGAAAGGUGCCCAUCGCACAGACCGGUCCCGUUCGCAAGGAGAUCAAGGACCAGAGCGAGGGAACCCAGGAUGCCGAAAAUAAGUAGGGUGGUUUUGCAAUGGUGCAUUUUAAUUUGUUCCAAAGUAUUGUCUGUGUAAGACUGAUUCAGUUUGUAUCUUAUUUUAAGUUUAAGUAAUUUUAUUUAAUCAAUAAACUUACCUUUAUUUCAA